AUGGAGGCUGCGCAAAGGUCCCUGGCGACUGAUGCCGUCGUGGUCGUCGGCGCAUCCCACAUACCAAAAUCAGUUGCCAUGCCGCUCAAGCGGCCAGGCGUAGCCCCAAACGUUGACACGACGUCUGCGUCGCUGAGCAAUCUCAAUCUUGACUCGACAGUCUCCAACGCCGCCGCUGCGGAUAAGCUGCCGGCCAUCCAAAGAAUCGACUCCAACUCCGACCCAGGGACUAAGCCUCCCAGUCUUGACGGCAAGAGCAUUACAUCAGGAACAACAUUUGCAUUGGACGAAAAGGAGUCGCUUCGCCCAGAUGAUAGUGCAAGUGUACAAGCAGCUGCCGAGGAUGACGAUGCAGCAUCUCUCCUUCCGGGGUCUCGUUUGGGCUCAGAAGCGGCUACUAGAGCCCGUGCCCGGCCGACCAUUGCCAUGGGUAGUCACCCCGCCGGCGUUCUCACACCACAGAGCACGUCUUCCGAGCAGCAAAUUGAGAAUGGCGCGCCGCUCCAGCUCAGUGGCGAGGCUAGGCCAUCAAAUGCGCUCAAUGCCAUAUAUCGCCAAGCCCCUGACGAGAAACUCAUUGAUGCGCUGGCCACACCACGCGAUCGCUUCUUCUUGCUGCGUCUCGAAAAAGAUGUUAUUGACUUUGUACAGAACUCCAAAGAGCCUUACAUGGAUCUACCGCCGUCCAACUCCUUUUGUAGAAUGUUGACCCAUAAAUUGGCUGACUACUACCACAUGACACAUUCUUUUGAAGCACAUAUUGGAUCUGUCCGGAUAUUUCGAACCCCUUUCUGUCGUGUUCCGCCAUCGUUAGCACAGAUGGUGCCCGAGACGACACCGCCAUCUGACAGCACGCCGCCACCUGCGCUCUUGCCGCGAAAGAUUAUGCGACGUGGACAGGAAGGCGAUGGCGCGAGUGCUGGUCCAUCCGGGCCUGGUUCUGAAACCGGAAGCGAUCUAAAGGACAAGCAACCCGCCAACCAAAAACUCUCGAGAGAGCAACGCGAAGAAAUGUACAAGAUUACUAGAGAUAGAAUCUUUGGCGCAGAGGAGAAUACCACAGCGGACAAUGGCGCAGAAGUCGGCAUGUCACGAACAAGUUCCGCGUCGGCUAACAGGUCAAAUCUGGGAAAACGUGGAAAAGGAAACAAACAGCGCCGCGACUCAGACGGCUUCGAUUCUCGACACCAGUACCAGCCUUUCUGGGGACCUCAGCAACAAACAUGGGUGUCGCAAUCGCAGGCGCAGUACGGACCCCCUGGCGCGCAGUAUAUAACCGCGGGCCCGUCUAACUACCAGGUUCCGCCAAACUAUGCGCAACAAGGGCCAGCGUAUGGUCCUGUCCCGACUAUGCCACCCAAUGCCGGCUAUCCUGGAUAUCCUGCGGCACCGUACCCCGCUGGAGGAAGCCCUGUAGUGUAUGUACCACAGCCUCAAAUGGCCUCGAAUACACCACCCCAUGGAUGGCAGCCUGCGUAUAAUGCGCCUGUGCUCUACCCGCCCCAGGUGCCCGCCCCAGGACCACCACAGGCACCAAUCCAAAAUCAUGGCCCUGGCAUUGGCCCUGGUGGUAUCCCGUACGCCUUUGGGCAAUUGCCUGCUAAUGCCAAUCCGCAUGACCCCAAAAGCCAGCAUCCCAUUCCAGGCAGCUACAAUCGAAAUCACGCUUUCAACCCCAAGACGCAAUCGUUCAGCCCCGGAGCGCCCAUGGCCCCUGUUCACCCACCGCAGCCGCCAUUUACGGCACCCGGAUCGCAUCACGGCAGUCCCCAAAUCGGCACACCACCUCAUUUGGCCUAUACGGGAUACCAACCCCCCAUGCCUCCUCCAUACGGUGGGGCAUAUGGCAUGGCCAGACAGGGUUCUAACAAUUCGAUUCCAUCCUAUCAUGGUCCUCCUCAGGGCACGCCUCCACACGUGGUUAUGCAACCCCCUCAGCAUAUGGCUCAGCAACCGCCAAUGCCAAUGAACAGCAGACCACUACCACACGGAUCAUUACCCAAUGGCCAAAUGUAUAGCCACCUGCCCACGUACGGGAACCCCGCUUCGUUGCCUCAAAAGCCGACAACGGGAAUGUGA